GAGAGGCCAGAAGUCCGGGCCGCUCCAUGCUCGCGCUUCCGGCGGCGCCUCGCUGCUCCGGGAGCGGCUGUAGCCUCGUACGCAGUUUCCAUGGGGACUGAAGAUGGCGACGCGAGGUAAACGGUUGUCCUCCACCCCCCUGGAAAUCCUGUUCUUUCUGAAUGGGUGGUAUUAUGCUACCUAUUUCCUGCUGGAACUCUUCAUAUUUCUGUAUAAAGGUUUCCUGCUACCAUAUCCAACAGCCAAUCUAGUACUGGAUGUGGUGAUGCUCCUCCUUUAUCUUGGAAUUGAAGUAAUUCGACUAUUUUUUGGUACAAAGGGAAACCUCUGCCAACGAAAGAUGCCACUUGGUAUUAGCAUGGCCUUGACCUUCCCAUCGGCCAUGAUGGCCUCCUAUUACCUGCUGCUGCAGACCUACGUGCUCCGCCUGGAAGCCAUCAUGAACAGCAUCUUGCUCUUCUUCUGUGGCUCAGAGUUGCUGCUUGAGGUGCUCACCCUGGCUGCUUUCUCCAGUAUGGACAGGAUUUGAAGUACAAAAAUUUCAGCCAGCAGCCCUCAUGGUCUGAGACCACACAUACUUCAGGUUUUUUAGCCACACCAGUGAGAAAUGGUGGGUCAAACUGUCCUGGGAAAGGUUGCGGCUUUUCCUCAGCACAGACAUUUGGGCAACACACCGAGCAUAAGGCCACUGGGCACCAUCUUCUAAACCAGGAUCAGCAGCCUAAGAGACUCUUCUAUACUCCAGUAGAGGGAGGGGCAAGACUGUCCCCAUCCUGGCCCUUCUAGAACCAAUUCCCUGCUGACCGCAAGUUCUCCUCUUUGAACAUCGUGGCCAGAGCAUCUUGUGUGGACCAUGCAGGCUCCUUGGGCUUCCAGCAGGACCUAAGCCACACGCUCCCUGUACAUGCUGUGCCACACCUGUCAUGCACGAGCACCAAGCGCCUCAGGAUGGCAUGCUGCCAGAGUGACGCAAAAGCCUCUCGUCUCAUUCCUCAGAGACUGAGCUUCAGAACUUUCUUAGUAAUUCAUCAUGUUAUUUUUCUACUCUCCUCAUGAAACAGACAUUAUUUUAUAAUAAAUAUGUAUUUUCUGUU